AUGGCCAUCAGAAAAUCAAACAAGCUGUCACAUUCUGCAAUUUUGAAGCAAAUCAUAAUAAGAUGUUCGAGUUUGGGAGUGAAACAGGGCUAUGACGAUGAAGACUAUCAACUUCCCAUUGAUGUACCAAAAGGACAUUUUGCAGUUUACGUGGGAGAAAAUAGAACUCGAUACAUCGUACCUAUUUCUUUUUUGACUCAUCCCGAAUUUCAAUGCCUCCUUCGACAAUCGGAGGAAGAAUUUGGAUUCGAUCAUGACAUGGGAAUUACAAUUCCAUGUGAAGAAGUUGUUUUUCGGUCACUAACUAAUUCCAUGCUCCGAUAUUAAUUGAA